GUUAUGUAGCACGGACAUCCAGGGCCAGGAUGCUGACCAGAAAGCUAUGGGGGUGGAGGUGAAUCACUGGCCAGUAAAUGACUGCGAUGCCAAGCGGGACUGACAGCUCAUUCUCCGCGCUGCCGAUGGCCAGCUCAUGGGUCUUCCCCGCGCGCUUUCCCCUCACUUUCCAGUCAAUCUUUGGUCACAUACCCACGGCGCUAUCUUGUCGAUCGAUCCGAUGGAGGUGCAUUCCGGUGACCGGAGCCGUGCUCUCUUCAUGGCUGAUGCUGGUGUCUAGCUUUAGACUCGUGGAAGAAUGGCAUGUGUUUUCCCGCCAUCCCUUGCGCGAUGAUGGCCUCCCCGCAAUACCUGGUUUUCUUCUAAAAAUGUCUGGGGCAUUCCCAUAUAGUGGGACGCGUCUGCUCGCUUACAGCCCAACUCCAACUGAUUCACUGACACCUCUGAAAACAAUUUCACAGAUCGACCCCGACAACCCCCGUCCUGCUGUCUCUUCUCAGCCCGUACUGCCUAUCGCAUCGCCCAUGUGGCCUGGAUGCCCCUUCCUGCGACCUUUGCACCAUUGGAAGUGAGUGGCAUGAGGCCUCCUGUGGCCACGGGUUCUGCCAUCAGAGUCGCUCUGCGUGCUAGUUUCCAAGUUCCGCGAUGAGUGUCCCGAUGUCUCUGCGCUCGGCCUUGGUGCCAUGCCGAGAAGUCCCCAGCGCCUAUCCAAGGAACUCACGUGCUAUGGUCAAGACCGCUUGUGAGUGUCUGUUGAAUACUUCGAUUUUCAUC